AUGGCCGACGCACUCUGCGGGCCAUCGAACCCGCUUCAGAACCUGCAAAAACACACGCAGGUAGAUCGGACACUCCAGCAAGAUCGUCUCGUCGGUAACAGACAGUCGCCUGCUCAGGGUUUCCGUACCGCCGACCCCCGAGCUGGAGCCCUCGACGCCGACUUCCACGCCUUUGAGAAGUCAGCCCCGAACCCCUUCCAAUUUCACCAGCCCGAGAUCUUCCAGCCUCAAUACCACGUCCCAUCUGCGCCGGGAGCAUGGGCCGCAGACUUCCAACGACUCUCCCUUGGCAACCAGUCGCCCGUGCCGGCGCAACAAUUUCGCAUCGAAGCUCCGUUGAUCAAGUCCACCCCACUGGGUGGGUGGCAAAAUGAAUUCAUGCGCCAGCGGUCGAGCGCGAGCACACCUGUCUCCCAGGGGAAGCAAGCGGUGCGGGACCUUCCGCAGAUGAGCAGCAACUCGUUCCAGCCCUCGCUCAUGAACUAUGCCCAAGCUCCGUACCAAUCAUAUACAGGCGGCGGCUUCCAGCAGCAGGAGCCGCAGAUGCAGCAUCCAGGCAUGGCACAAGAGCUACAAAUGUCGGACGUGGACUUUGAGGCCGCGUUUGCCGAUGCGCUCGCCCACGCGCAGGAAAUGGACCAGGACCGGGCCCAGCAGAUCGAGGCCCAAUUUCAUACAGACCCUACAGAUGCCCACCAACCAGCCCAGGGAGAGACGAUAAAGAUCGGGAGCGACGCGCUCCACUACGUCGAGAGGCACGAACGUACCGCCGAGCCGAACGCACGCGACGCCGACGAACUGGCCCGCACGGCAGGUGAGCUGUUGAACAGCGUGUCACAUGACACGAGCGAGAAGUUCCAAAACAGUCAGUUCCUGCAGCUGAUGCGCAAGAUCCGCGACCGCGAGGUCGAGGUCCAGAAUGAUGACCUGCAGGAGACAUCGACAGGGCGGCCCACGUCAGAGACCCUGCGCGUCGAGCACCCUCGACAGGCUCCUGUUCAACCAGCAGCAGCAUCGACGGGGAUGGGUCCAGAAACGGAUACGACGUCGCACUUUGAAUUUCCCGACAUGGACGCCGUCUAUGCUCCCACGAAUAGUGACGACAUGUGGACCGAGAGCGACGGCGCAUUUGGCUCGCAAACCCAGGAUGGGUAUGUCGCGACUGCGUUAGACCCCAGGGCACAGCAGUCUCAAUACAUGUCGUACGGGUUCGACGACGACCAGUACCCGCACACGCAGAUGGAGGCCCUGCACCCGGGUGGGAAGUACUAUCCCGACCAGAGUCCGCAGCUACAAAAGGCGGGCGUCGCCGGGACCGGCUCUUCCGAAGUCGAGAUGAGCGGCGCCGUUCCCCCCGUUACCGGCGGUGGCAGCAUCGUCGAGGAUGGGGCCAUGCUAGAAAAGCGCAUCUCCGCCAGUGACUUCGAAUACGUCGAUCAAAGUGCCGGGUUGGCGCGGCGGUUUGCGAGACAGGAAAUGAGUUUCUAA